CCGGGCUGCAAGGUGCCGAGCCGAGCCGCGCCGAGCGGUGCCGAGCUGAGGCGAGCACAGGCUCUGCUUUCUCCUUGGAGGCCAAGCCAAAGCAGAGAGCCGCCUGGGAUGAAGGUCCUCCUUCUGCUCCUUCUCUCCCCCUUUCAAGGGGUGGGAGCCAGCAGCCGUCGGGAAGAGGACUUCCGCUUCUGCGGUGACCGAAACCAGACCCAGAGCAGCUCCGUCAUCUACGAGCAUGGCCCCGCCACCAUCUCCAUUGAGAACACGGCCCAGGCGCUGAUCAUAAAAAGGCCCUUUUUGCCAAACAGGAGAAACUCUUACUACAAGUACAGCUUGCCCCCUGCUUUGGGCAGGUACCGCUUCUGCGUCUACUGGUUCAAGGCCAACAGGACCCUGAGGCUGGUGUACGGGAAGCAGAGCUUCCUCCUGGGUGGAGACCAGUCCAGCAGCAUCGGCCGGGGGAAGGAGAGUCAGAAGACUGAAAGAACCAACACCUCCAUCUUCAAUGUGUCCUACAUCUCAAAGGGUGGGAAGAACACCUCCCUUGACAGUGCAUCUGAAUACUUCUUCCCUGCCUCUCCAGAGAGGAUGCCUGUCUGGGAGCAAGACGUGGAGGAGCAGCUCACCGCUUUGGACAGCCUCAUCGCCCAGCCCCUGGCACUGGCCACGGGAGCCAUGGAGCAGCGGAUGCUUCGGCGCAAACUUGGGGAGCUGGAGAAGACACUGGCCAGGGUGGAGCUCGAAGGGCAGAACCAGACCUUCGGGAAGGCCACCGUGCAUGCGACUGUCCUGAGGGUCCAGCCCACUCAGGCUCCUCGGCACCUGGCCUUUGCUUCCCAAAGAGAGGAGGGUGGAGAGGUCCAUGGGUUCACAGUGGACCUGCCGAGCAGCCUGUUCAUGGUGGCGAAGAAGAGGGAGGAGGGCGUGGAGCACAGGGUGCUCCUCAUGGACAUCAACAGCCAGACCAUGUUCCAGGAUGAAAACAGCAGCCACGUCCUGGGUGACAAGGUGGUGGGCAUCUCCCUGGUGGACAUGGUGGUGGCCAACCUCUCCGACCCAGUGGUCCUCACUUUCUUCCACGACCAGCUGCCGAGGAAUGUGACCCCGCUGUGCGUCUUCUGGCAGGAGGACACCACCGCCAGCUCUGGGAGCUGGGACAGCUACGGUUGUACAACAGUGAUGGGAGGCAGCCAGACGGACUGCAGAUGCAACCACCUCACCUACUUUGCCGUGCUGAUGGUAUCCUCCCCGGAGAUCACCUACAUACACAGGGAUUACCUGAGUAUCAUAACCUACAUUGGCUGCCUGAUCUCAGCUUUGGCAUCUAUUUGCACCAUCUUCUUCCUCUACUUCAGAAGCAAGCAGCGAGACCAGAUCACGAGCAUGCACAUCCACAUGAACCUGCUGGGUGCCAUCUUCCUCCUGGACGUCACCUUCCUCAUCUCUGAGCAUUUGGCUUCCAGCAGCAGUGAGGCGGUCUGCAGAGCCGGGGGGCUGUUCCUGCACUUCUCCCUCCUGAGCUGUCUCACCUGGAUGGGCAUCGAGGGCUACAACCUCUACCGGCUUGUGAUCGAAGUCUUCAAUGCCUACCAUGACCACUUCCUCCUCAAGCUCUGCCUGGUGGGCUGGGGACUCCCCUUCUUCUGCGUGACGCUGAUCUUCCUGGCUAGCUGGACGAACUACGGCCCCUUCUCCAUUCCUGUCUAUGAAUCCGUUGGCGGCAAAUCCACCAAUGCAACCAUAUGCUGGAUCACAAGCCCCCUGAUCCAUAACAUCGUGAACCUGGGUUUCUUCAGCCUGGUGUUCCUCUUUAACUCAGUCAUGCUGGGGGCCAUGGUCCGGGAGAUCCUCCGGCAGAACAAGAAAGGCCACAAGCUCAAGCAUGUCCUAGCUCUCUUUGGGCUGAGCAUCCUGCUGGGCAUCCCCUGGGCGCUGGUCUUCUUCUCCUUCACCUCCGGUGUCUUCCGCCUCGUCUCCCUUUACAUCUUUACCAUCAUCAACUCCCUCCAAGGUUUCCUCAUCUUCCUCUGGUACUGGACCAUGGUGCUGCAGGCGAGAAAGUCCACUGACUCGCAGAGCAGCUCCGACAGCAUCAAACUGCAGCCCAACAGCAGCUAGAGCCACCUUGGCUGAGCCCUGCGAUGGCCGCACCGCACCGGGGCUCCCUGCACAGAGGAUGGCCGUGGGAAGGACUGAUGCCAUCUGCUUUGCUACCGCACCUGCCUCACAGGGCUGCUAGGAGCCCAGGGACCUACAGCGGGGCCAGCUGCCCCUUGCCUCUGCUGGCCCCCUCCCCAAUUUUCCCACCCACCACAUCCUGCCAGGCAGUGGCGCAUCCCUUCCUUGGCUUGGCAUCCUUGGGGCAGGAGGGAGGGAUGCUUGCCCAGGCAGCGGGGGCUGCAGAAUGUGGAAGGGGCAGGGACAGGGUCCCUGGUGCCUCUGGACAUCCCCUCCUGUGCCCCGAGGCCAGGGAUGAUGGGUGGGAAAGGCCCCAUCUUCAGCCCUUGCUGCUGAUCACUGAGAGGGUCCUUCCCCAGUGAAGACAGAAUAACUGCCCCAGUGACACCCUCUAGCAGCUGAAAUAAUCUAUUUUUGUUAUUUUGUUGAAUGUAUAUUUUUGGAUGGUGUAGAAGUUUAAUGAGCGCGCCUGCACACCAGACUUGUGCCCAUUAAAGUUGUUCCUGCUUGGA